AGCACGCGUGACAGCGGCAGUAACAGCAUUACAGUAUCAAGCCGGCGGCGUCAGGGUGCAAGCCACCGCCGCCGGUCAGGACUGCACGCGGCGUUGGCCCAGAUGGCGGUGUCGCGCGCGCCCUCGGGCUCAGCCGCGCUGUCAGCGCCGGCCGCUGAGGCCUGCGUGCUGCCCCCCGCCGGCGGCACCCCAGCGGCUGCACAGGCAGCCGCUCCACCGCAUCAGGCGGCUCCACAAGCACUGGCGCGGGACUGAGUGUUCAAGAUGAGGGCUGCAGGCGGCGGCGUCGCGGGCGGGCGCGUGCGUGCGGCGCUGCUUCAGGCGAUGCGGCCUGGCACAGGUCCAGAAGGCGAAGGGGCCGCGGAGGAGUCGGAAGACCGCAUGGCCCAAGCGAACAACAGUACAGUAGUGCGGGUGGCCCGGCCUGGCUGCAUUGGCGCGGCAGGAGGCGUGAGGGCGGUACGGGCCAGGCUGACUGCCCACAGCAGCUGUGCGCGGUGGCAUGCAGCAGGGGGCAGGGGACUCCUAUGCCGAGAAGCUCAGCAUUAGCUGUGCAGGAGCGGGCGUGCGGGAGAGGAACGGAGGCGCGCUGGGGGCAGAGGGCGGCACGGCGCAUCGGCUCGAGCUGGUGCAGGAGGUGGGUGCGGCGGUGGAGGGGGCGUGGUGGGGCCUGCGUGUGCGGCGGAGGCCUCGCGAUGUGGGCCACCGGCCUGUGCGAGCUAGCGGGAUGUGGGUAAGCGCCGCGCGUUUUGGGUACAGAAUACUGAAAUACAAUUAGUUUGUGCGGCGUUGGGGUCUGGAGGCGGCGCUGUGCGUUGGUCGCGUUUUGGGCUUUUGGCACAGGUGAGCCGCGGUUGGGUCAAACAACCGCCUGCCUUGCGCUGACUUUCCCGGCUCAGCCUGGCCCCCCUGCCGCCCGCCUGCUAUAAAAGC